AUGCUGUGUGCGCACGCACCACCCGCACCAAGCUUCGCUCCACCGCCAUUAAACCAUUCUCAUGCCAACCGUCAGCCUGUGUGGUUGUCCCUUCAUUAUCCCUCGUCGCGACAACCCACAAUUGGUGACCCGAACUACCCUGCUGAUCCAACUGCAUGCCCUCCGCUGAUCGCUUUUGCCAUGCAGGAGUCCUCGUCCACCAGCAACGUCAAUCGCGUCGCCGUGAGACUACCGCCAUUUUGGCCUGCGAACCCUACCAUCUGGUUCGUACAGGUCGAAUGCCAAUUCCAACUGGCUGGCAUCACCACGCAAGCGACGAAGUAUCAGCACGUCGUUUCCGUCCUUCCACCCGAGGUAGCUUCUGAUGUGACCGACAUUCUCUGCGCUCCAUCGGGCCCUACGUCCUACGACACACUUAAGGCUGCUAUCAUUCAGCGCACCAUGGCAUCCCACCGGAAGCGUUUCCAACAGCUUCUCUCCGUUGAAGACCUCGGAGACCGGCGACCAUCCCAAUUUCUACGGCAUAUGCAGACCCUGCUAGGUGACCGCGCCCAAACUUUUGUCGAAGCACUCCUUAAGGAGCUAUUCUUACAGCGCCUUCCAUCUACCAUGCAGAUGAUACUGGCCACUGCAACCAACCUUUCGCUCACAGAGCUGGCGCUUCAUGUGGACAAGAUUCUGGAAGUGGCACAGCCUUCACUAGCCUUCGUGCAGGCCACCCUCCCGAUGCCCGCUCACGUGUCUGCACCCUGCACUUCGGUGACUGCCCCUCAGCCUUCCCUCCGUCCUGCCGAUCCAACAAGCGAAAUUGCCGCUCUUCGGGACGACGUUCACGAGCUCCGUGCCCUCAUCGCCUCGACGCAGUCGAACCGUGGCCCUGCCUCCCCUCGACGCCAGCAAUUCCGUCGCGGUUCACGAUCCCGACAAUUUCAGAUUAGUAUCCUCCCGGCCAGCAGGGCGAACAAGUGCAAGUUCCCGAUUUACCACCUGACCGCUGUCAACAACACCAGCAUUCCCGUUUACGGCGAACAGUCACUGACACUAAACCUCGGCCUACGUCGUUCCUUCCCCUGGAUCUUCAAAAUCGCAGCCGUUGACCAGGCUAUUAUCGGAGCAGAUUUUCUGCAGCACUUUGGUCUGCUCAUUGAUGUGCGUCGUAAGGUCCUCCUUGACUCGAACACGGGACUGCGCAUAGCAGGCAUCGGAUCAACGCCCCGCAUUUCCUUGCCCGCCAUCUCCCUCUCGUCCCUUCAGUCUCAAUUCGCUGCCGUGCUCAGCGAAUUCCCUUCUCUGUCCCAGCCACCUAAUUGGACGAAGCCCGUUCGCCACGACGUCGUCCAUUAUAUCAACACGUCGGGGCCCCCGGUGCACUUCAAGCCGCGUCGUCUCGCCCCUGAAAAGUGGAAUAUCGCUCGCAGCGAAUGCAACCAUAUGUUGGCUAUCGGCAUCGCCCGCCCCUCCUCCAGCGAUUGGGCAUCUCCCCUACAUGUGGUCCCCAAGAAAACCGGAGACUGGCGGCCAUGCGGGGAUUACCGCGCCCUAAACAUCGCUACGAAACCCGACCGCUACCCGCUGCCCAAUAUACAGGAUUUCACCAUGAACCUAGCCGGGGCCAAGGAUUUCAGCAAAAUCGAUCUCACUAAGGCAUACCACCAAAUUCCCGUAGCGCCAGAGGGCGUUCCGAAAACAGCCAUUGUGACACCUUUCGGGCUCUUUGAAUUAGGGCUGUGCGAGUAG